AUGGCCAAGACUACUGAGAUGUCGACCGAGCUGGGGUGUGUGCGCUCCGAGGCUGCUGUGGUUGCGGUCAAACUGGAAGCCACGGAAGUGCUUGAAGCACGAAGUUUGUUGGACUCCACCAUCAAGGAAAAAGCCUCCAUGGAGGAGCAGCUGGCUGUGUUGCAGCCGAAGGUGAAUCAGUUGGAGCAGCAAGCAGCAGUGGCCAGCGACGUCCUGAAGGAGCUGCAGCCCGAAGUGAAGGAGACGCGCGCCAGACUCGCCAGGUCUGAGGAGGAUAAGUGUGAGACCCACCGGGAUCUUGCUCAGCUUCGUGCUUCGAUGGAGAAGACAAAGGUGGAACUUGAUGCCUGGGAACAGACACACGCAGUUCUGGUCCAGACAGUCAACAGCCAUAGAUAUGUGGCGACAUUGUCAGAGAGGUCAAGCUCCUUGGAUGCGGAUACUCAUGCUCACGAAGUGAGAUUGUCUCAGCAAGCAGCCCUCAUUGAGAACCCAAGUGCGGACCUGGACCAAACAUCGGAGCAGGUGCUUGAAGCACGAAGUUUGUUGGACACCACCAUCAAGGAAAAAGCCUCCAUGGAGGAGCAGCUGGCUGUGUUGGAGCCGAAGGUGAAUCAGUUGGAGCAGCAAGCAGCAGUGGCCAACGACGCGAUGAAGGAUUCCGAGUGCCAAAGCUCAGAGGAGGCGACCUCAGACUCAGAGAGCGACGACCAGAAGUCAGAGGACCCGGAGUGCCAAAGCUCAGAGGAGGACUCCGAGUGCCAAAGCUCAUAUGAGGUGCCGCCGCAUGAGUUUUGCACCGAAUUGGCUGAUCUGGAGCUCCAGGUCAUCCUCUGGCGCCAGGAGGAUGUCCUCUACAAUAAGAAGCGUUUCGACGAGCUGGAGGCCACGUUGGAUCGACUGAAUCUCGCUGUCAAUUUGAGGCUGCCAAAAUGAUGUCAGCGCCCCGGUGAGGCUUGCAGUUCUGCUUCAACAGACACUAGAGGUGCGAAACACGUUGG